AUUUCAGCCUGAGAGUGAAUAAACCUAAGACCUCAGCAGCAUCCAGCCAAACCCUCUUCCACCAUGGGGGCCACAACCCGGCUGUUGGUGGGCAUCUUCAUGGUUUUGCUUGCUCUCCCUGCCAAAGGCGGGGUCCUCAAGAAAGUCAUCCGGCACCAACGACAAAGUGGGGUGAACUUGACCCUGCCAGAGGAGAACCAGCCAGUGGUGUUUAACCAUGUCUACAACAUCAAGCUGCCUAUGGGGUCCCAGUGUUCAGUGGAUCUGGAAUCAGCCAGUGGGGAGAAAGACAUGGCUCCACAGUCAGAGCCCAACGAAAGCUUCCAGGAGCACACAGUGGAUGGGGAAAACCAGAUUGUCUUCACACACCGCAUCAACAUCCCCCGCCGGGCCUGUGGCUGUGCCGCUGCCCCUGAUGUCAAGGAACUAUUGAACAGACUGGAAGUACUGGAGAACCUGGUGUCUUCCCUGCGGGAGCAGUGUACCACAGGAGCAAGCUGCUGUCUUCAGCCUGCCGAAGGCCGCCUGGAUACCACGCCUUUCUGCAGUGGCCGGGGGAACUUUAGCACCGAAGGAUGUGGCUGUGUAUGUGAACCUGGCUGGAAAGGCCCCAACUGUUCUGAGCCCGAAUGUCCAGGCAACUGUCACCUGCAAGGCCAGUGCAUCGAUGGACUGUGCGUCUGCGAUGAGGGUUUCACCGGGGAAGACUGCAGCCAGCUGGCCUGUCCCAGCGACUGCAAUGACCAGGGCAAGUGUAUAAACGGCGUCUGUGUCUGUUUCGAAGGCUAUGCUGGGGCUGACUGCAGCCAGGAUGUCUGCCGGGUGCCCUGCAGUGAGGAGCACGGCAGGUGUGUGAACGGACGGUGUGUGUGCAAGGAUGGCUUUGCCGGCUAUGACUGCAGUGAGCCACUCUGCCUCAACAACUGCUACAACCACGGGCGGUGCGUGGAGAACGAGUGUGUGUGCGAUGAGGGCUUCACAGGCGAAGACUGCAGCGAGCUCAUCUGUCCAAACGACUGCUUCGACCGGGGCCGCUGUGUCAACGGGACCUGCUACUGUGAAGAGGGCUUCACCGGGGAAGACUGUGGCAAGCUCACCUGCCCGAAUGCCUGCAACAGCCAGGGCCGGUGCGAGGAGGGCCAGUGCGUGUGUGACGAGGGCUUCACUGGGGCAGACUGCAGCGAGAAGAGGUGUCCUGCAGAUUGUCACAACCACGGCCGCUGUGUCGCGGGGCAGUGUGAGUGUGACGAUGGUUUCACAGGACCUGACUGCGGGGCCCUCAAGUGUCCCAGUGACUGUAGCAAUCACGGCCACUGCGUCAACGGGCAGUGUGUGUGUGACGAGGGCUACACCGGGGAGGACUGCAGCCAGCAGCGCUGUCCCAACGACUGCAACAGCCGGGGCCGCUGCAUCCAGGGCAAGUGUGAAUGCGAGCAAGGCUUCCAGGGCUAUGACUGCAGUGAAAUGAGCUGCCCCAAUGACUGUCACCAGCACGGGCGCUGUGUGAACGGCAUGUGCGUGUGUGACGAUGGUUACAUGGGCGAGGACUGCCGAGACCUGCGAUGCCCCAAGGACUGUAGCAACCGGGGCCACUGUGUGGAUGGGCAGUGUGUGUGUGAGGACGGCUUCACCGGCCCCGACUGUGCAGAGCUCUCCUGUCUGAAUGACUGCCACCAGCAGGGCCGCUGUGUGAAUGGGCAGUGUGUGUGCCAUGAAGGCUUCAUGGGCAAAGACUGCAAGGAGCGCCGGUGCCCCAGUGACUGCAAUGGCCAGGGCCGCUGCGUGGACGGCCAAUGCAUCUGCCAUGAGGGCUUCACAGGCCUGGACUGCGGGCAGCGCUCCUGCCCCAAUGACUGCAGCAACUGGGGACAGUGUGUCGCAGGCCGCUGCAUCUGCAAUGAAGGCCAUGCUGGGGAAGACUGCUCUGAGGUGUCCCCUCCCAAAGACCUCGUUGUGACGGAAGUAACGGAAGAGACAGUAAACCUGGCCUGGGACAAUGAGAUGAGAGUCACAGAGUAUCUCAUCGUGUACACACCUACCCAUGAGGGUGGCCUGGAAAUGCAGUUCCGCGUCCCCGGAAACCAGACAUCUGCCACCAUCCGGGAGUUGGAGCCUGGUGUAGAGUACUUUACCCAAGUGUUUGCCAUCCUGGAGAACAAGAAGAGCAUUCCCGUCAGCGCCAGGGUGGCCACUUACUUGCCUGCACCUGAAGGCCUAAAAUUCAAGUCCAUCAAGGAGACCUCUGUGGAAGUGGAGUGGGAUCCUCUGGACAUUGCUUUUGAAACCUGGGAAAUCAUCUUCCGGAAUACGAAUAAAGAAGAUGAGGGAGAGAUCACAAAAAGCCUGAGGAGGCCAGAGACCACGUAUCAGCAAACUGGCCUAGCUCCUGGGCAAGAGUAUGAGAUAUCACUGCACAUCGUGAAAAACAAUACCCGGGGCCCCGGUGUGAAGAGGGUGACAACCACUCGCUUGGACGCCCCCAGCCAAACUGAGGUUAAAGACGUCACGGACACCACUGCUCUGAUCACCUGGUUCAAGCCCCUGGCCGAGAUUGACGGCAUCGAGCUCUCCUAUGGGAUCAAAGAUGUGCCGGGCGACCGCACCACCAUUGAUCUCACACAUGACGAGAACCAGUACUCCAUCGGGAACCUGAAGCCAGACACCGACUAUGAGGUGUCCCUCAUUUCCCGCAGGGGUGACAUGUCAAGCAACCCGGCCAAAGAGACCUUCACAACAGGCCUAGAUGCUCCCAGGAAUCUCAGACGCAUCUCCCACACAGAAAACAGCAUCACCCUGGAAUGGAGAAAUGGCAAGGCAGCCAUUGACAGCUACAGAAUUAAGUAUGCACCCAUCUCUGGAGGUGACCACGCCGAGAUUGAAGUCCCAAAGAGCCAACAAGCCACAACCAAAACCAUACUCACAGGUCUGAGGCCAGGAACUGAAUAUGGGAUUGGAGUGUCUGCUGUGAAGGAGGACAGGGAGAGCAAUCCAGCCACCAUCAAUGCGGCCACAGACAUUGAUGCCCCCAAGGACCUCCGGGUGUCUGAAACUACGGAAACCAGCAUCAAUCUGCACUGGAGGACACCCCUGGCCAAGUUUGACCAUUACCGCCUCAACUACAGUCUCCCCACGGGCAAGCAGAUGGAGGUGAAGCUUCCGAGAGACACCACCUCCCACGUUCUGAGAGGCCUGGAGCCUGGGCAGGAAUACCCCAUCCUCCUCACGGCAGAGAAAGGCAGGCACAAGAGCAAACCUGCACGGGUGAAGGCGUCCACCGAACAAGCCCCUGAACUGGGAAACUUCACAGUAACUGAGGUUGGCUGGGAUGGCCUCAAACUCAACUGGACCGCAGGCGACAAGCCCUAUGAGCACUUUGUCAUACAGGUGCAGGAGGCUAACAAGGUGGAGGCAGCUCAGAACCUCACAGUGCCUGGAAGCCUCAGGGCUGUGGACAUCCCAGGCCUCAAGGCUGCCACCCCCUAUAGAGUCACCAUCUAUGGGGUGAUUCGGGGCUAUAGAACACCAGUGCUUUCUGCUGAGGCCUCCACAGGGGAUACUCCUAAAUUGGGAGAGGUAACAGUGACUGAGGUGGGCUGGGAUGCCCUCAAGCUCAACUGGACCGCUCCAGAAGGGGCCUAUGAGCUCUUUUUCAUUCAGGUGCAGGAGACAGACACAUUAGAGGCAGCCCACAACCUCACUGUCCCAGGAGGACUGAGGUCUGUGGACCUCACCGGGCUCAAAGCAGACACUCAUUAUAGCAUCACCAUCCACGGGGUCACUCAGGACUCCAGCACAACCCCUGUCUCUGUUGAAGCCUUGACAGAGGAGGUUCCAGAUCUGGGAAACCUUACAGUGACCAAGGUUAGCUGGGAUACCCUCAGACUGGACUGGACCACCCCAGAUGGGACCUAUGAACAGUUUGUCAUUCGGGUCCAGGAGGCUGACCGGGCAGAAGAGGCUCGAAACCUUACAGUUCCUGGCAGCCUGCGUUUGGUGGAAAUCCCGGGCCUCAGGGCUGGUACUUCUUACACGAUCACCCUGCAAGGCGUGGUCAGGGGCCGUACCACUCAACCCCUUGCUGUGGAAGUCAUCACAGAGGAGCUCCCGCAGCUGGGAGAGUUGGCCGUGACUGAGGUUGGCUGGGAUGGCCUUAAACUCAACUGGACUGCAGCCGACCAGGCCUAUGAACACUUUGUUAUUCAGGUGCAGGAGGCUAACAAGGUGGAGGCAGCUCAGAACCUCACAGUGCCUGGCAGCCUCAGGGCUGUGGACAUACCAGGCCUCAAGGCUGCCACCCCCUAUAGAGUCACCAUCUAUGGGGUGAUUCGGGGCUAUAGAACACCAGCACUCUCUGCCGAGGCUUCCACAGCAAAGAAACCUGAAAUUGGAAACUUAAAUGUUUCUGACAUAACUCCUGAGAGCUUCAAUCUCUCCUGGACAGCUACCGAUGGGGCCUUCGAGACCUUUACCAUUGAAAUUAUUGAUUCCAAUAGGUUGCUGGAGAUGGUGGAAUAUAAUAUCUCUGGUGCUGAACGAACCGCCCACAUCUCAGAGCUCCCCCCUAGUACUGAUUUUAUUGUCUACCUCUCUGGACUUGCUUCCAGCAUCCGGACCAAAACCAUUAGUACCACAGCCACAACAGAGGCUCUGCCCCUUCUGGAAAACCUAACCAUUUCCGACAUUAAUCCCUACGGGUUCACAGUUUCCUGGAUGGCAUCGGAGAAUGCCUUUGACAGCUUCCUAGUAACGGUGGUGGAUUCUGGGAAGCUGCUGGACCCCCAGGAAUUCACACUUUCAGGAACCCAGAGGAAGCUGGAGCUUAGAGGCCUCAUAACUGGCAUUGGCUAUGAGGUUAUGGUCUCUGGCUUCACACAAGGGCACCAAACCAGGCCCUUGAGGGCUGAGAUUGUUACAGAAGCUGAGCCAGAAGUUGACAACCUUCUGGUUUCAGAUGCCACCCCAGAUGGUUUCCGUCUGUCCUGGACAGCUGAUGAUGGAGUCUUCGACAGUUUUGUUCUCAAAAUCAGAGAUACAAAAAAGCAGUCUGAGCCACUGGAAAUAACCCUCCUUGCCCCCGAACGUACCAGGGACAUAACAGGUCUCAGAGAGGCCACUGAAUAUGAAAUUGAACUCUAUGGAAUAAGCAGUGGAAGGCGAUCUCAGCCAGUCAGUGCCAUAGCGACAACAGCCAUGGGCUCCCCAAAGGACAUCGUUUUUUCAGACAUCACUGAAAACUCAGCCACCGUCAGCUGGAAGGCACCCACUGCCCAGGUGGAGAGCUUCCGGGUUACCUAUGUGCCCAUUGCUGGAGGUACACCCUCGGUGGUCACCGUGGAUGGAACCCAGACUCAGACCCGGCUGGCGAAACUCAUUCCUGGAGCAGAGUACUUUGUCAGCGUCAUCGCCAUGAAGGGCUUUGAUGAAAGCGAACCUGUCUCAGGAUCACUCGUUACAGCUCUGGAUGGCCCAUCCGGCCUGGUGACAGCCAACAUCACCGACUCAGAAGCCUUGGCCAUGUGGCAGCCGGCCAUUGCCACCGUGGACCGUUAUGUCAUCUCCUACACAGGGGACGGAGUGCCAGGAAUUACACACACGGUGUCUGGGAACACAGUGGAGUAUGCUCUGACCAACCUCCAGCCUGCCACGGAAUACACACUGAGAAUCUUUGCAGAGAAAGGACCCCAGAAGAGCGCAGUCAUCACUACCAAGUUCACAACAGACCUGGAUCCUCCAAGAGACUUGACCGCUACUGAGGUGCAGUCAGAAACCGCCCUCCUCACGUGGCGACGCCCCCAGGCACCUGUAACUGGUUACCUCCUGGUCUAUGAAUCCGUGGAUGGGACAGUCAAGGAAGUAAUUGUGGGUCCAGACACCACCUCCUACAACCUGGCAGAGCUAAGUCCAUCCACCCACUACACGGCCAAGAUCCAGGCAUUGAAUGGGCCCCUGAGGAGCAAGCAGAUCCAGACCAUCUUCACCACAACCGGACUCCUGUACCCAUUCCCCAGGGACUGCUCCCAAGCAAUGCUAAAUGGAGACACGACCUCUGGCCUCUACACCAUUUAUCUGAAUGGCGAUAAGGCCCAGGCUCUGCAAGUCUACUGUGACAUGACCUCUGACGGGGGUGGAUGGAUUGUGUUCCUGAGACGCAGCACUGGACAGGAGGAUUUCUAUCGAAACUGGAGGGCAUAUACUGCCGGAUUUGGGGACCAGAGAGAAGAAUUCUGGCUGGGGCUGGACAACCUAAGCAAAAUCACAGCCCAGGGGCAGUAUGAACUCCGAGUGGACCUGCGGGACCAUGGAGAGACAGCCUAUGCUGUCUACGACAGGUUCAGCGUGGGAGAUGCCAGAUCACGCUACAAGCUGAAGGUGGAGGGGUACAGCGGGACAGCAGGUGACUCCAUGGCCUACCACAAUGGCAGAUCCUUCUCCACCUUCGACAAAGACACAGACUCAGCCAUCACCAACUGUGCCUUGUCCUACAAGGGGGCUUUCUGGUAUAAGAACUGUCACCGUGUCAACCUGAUGGGCAGAUAUGGGGACGACAACCACAGUCAGGGUGUUAAUUGGUUCCACUGGAAAGGCCACGAACACUCAAUCCAGUUUGCUGAGAUGAAGCUGAGACCCAGCAACUUCCGAAAUCUCGAAGGCAGGCGCAAGCGGGCAUAA